AAAGAAACAACUUAGACCAAACAACAACAAUUAAAAAACAGAGUGAGGUAACAACAACCAGUGCCGGGGUCAACUAGUUCUUCUUUUUUCUAAAUACAAUAAAUCAAAACUAUACAAUUCUCUUCUAAAUGAACAAAAACACAAGACAAAGAAAGAAACCAUACACAAACAAUUUUCUCUUCAAACAUGCGAGGUUUCUUUCUCUUGUUCUUGUUCAUCACUUCAUCUUCUUUUCUCAUCACAAUCUCAACCUCUACAGAUACCUUAACCUCAUCACAAAUUCUCACAACAAAUCAAACCCUUGUAUCAUCUAACCAAACAUUCAUUCUUGGUUUCAUCUCCGAAACAAAUUCAAACAUAUAUUUAGCCAUAUGGUACAAAAACAUCAACCCAAGAACAAUUGUUUGGGUUGCAAACAGAGACAACCCUCUUCAAAAUAAUUCAACCAAUGGUGGCUUUCUCAAAAUUGGUGACAAUGGAAACAUAGUACUUCUCAAUUCAUCAUUAGAUUCCGACAACAACCUCGUAUGGUCUUCGAAUCAAACAAUACUUACUAAAAACCAAGUUGUUCUUCAGCUUUUAGAUAAUGGAAAUUUAGUUCUAAGAGAAAAAAAUGUGAAUGACCCAACAAAAUAUCUAUGGCAAAGUUUCGAUUUUCCAACAGAUACUUUGUUACCGUCCAUGAAAAUGGGUUGGAACUUCGACAAAAAAACCGAAAAGCAUUUAACUUCAUGGAAGAUCACAGGUGAAGAUCCUUCAACAGGUGAUUAUUCAUUCAAAAUUGAUUUUCAUGGUUUGCCAGAAAUUUUCCUAUGGAAUGAUGAAAAUAUUAUAUAUCGAAGUGGACCUUGGAAUGGUGAAAGAUUUAGUGGUGUACCGGAGAUGGAACCCAAUACAGAUUCAAUAGUUUUCGAUUUUUCAUCGAAUGAACAUGGUGUUAAUUACUCGUUUACAAUCGGAAAUCCAUCAAUUUUUUCGCGACUGGUGGUGGAUUCGUCUGGUGUACUUCAACGUCGAACUUGGGUUGAAAGUAGUAAAACUUGGACAAAUUUUUGGUAUGCACCGAAAGAUCAAUGUGAUAAUUACAAAGCGUGUGGUCCAUAUAGUGUUUGUGAUUCGAAUGCUUCACCGGUUUGUGUAUGUGUGAAAGGUUUUAGUCCUAAGAAUGAACAAGCAUGGAAAUUGAGAGAUGGAUCAGAUGGGUGUGUGAGGAAUAUAAAUUUGGAUUGUGAGAGUGAUAAAUUUUAUCAUAUGGAGAAUGUGAAGUUACCUGAGACAAGUUCUGUGUUUGUGAACAUGACAAUGGGAAUUGAUGAAUGUGGUGAUUUGUGUCAUAGGAAUUGUUCAUGUAGUGGUUAUGCUAAUGUUUAUGUUACUAAUGGUGGAAGUGGUUGUGUUAUGUGGUUUGGUGAACUUGUUGAUAUAAGAAGUUAUUCUGAUGGUGGACAAGAUCUUUUUGUUAGAUUAGCAGCUUCUGAGAUAGGUAACUCUCACAAGGCAAAUAAUAAAGCUGAGAUUAUAGGAAUUACAAUUUCUGCAGCUGUUAUAAUUUUGGGACUUGGUUUCAUAUGUAAGAAGAGGAAAUUGCUAAGUAAAUUUAAUGGAAACACAGACAACAGAGGUUCUGUCCAAAGAAGUAGAGAUUUGUUAAUGAAUGAGGUGGUAGUUUCAAGUAAAAGAGGUGGUAGCUCAGGAGAAAGGGACAUGGAUGACUUAGAGUUACCAAUGUUUGAUUUUAAUACCAUAACAAUGGCUACAAACUAUUUCGUUGAAGCAAAUAAACUCGGAGAAGGAGGCUUUGGUAUUGUUUAUAGGGGAAGGUUGAUUGAAGGCCAGGAAAUUGCUGUCAAGAGGUUAUCAAAAACUUCAGGACAAGGAGUUGAAGAAUUUAAGAAUGAGGUAAAGUUAAUUGCCAGGCUUCAACAUAGAAAUCUCGUUCGGCUAUUAGGUUGCUGCAUCGACAAGGAUGAGAAGCUUCUAGUGUAUGAGUACAUGGAAAAUAGAAGCCUUGAUUCCAUUUUGUUUCACAAAACUAGAAAAUUCUUAUUAGACUGGAAAAGGCGAUACGAGAUUAUAUGUGGAAUAGCUAGAGGACUUCUUUAUCUGCAUCAUGAUUCAAGACUCAGGAUUAUCCAUAGGGAUCUCAAGGCAAGCAACAUAUUACUUGACAGUGAAAUGAAUCCAAAAAUAUCAGACUUUGGGAUGGCUAGAAUAUUUGGCCAAAAUCAAACCGAAGCAAAUACAUUGAGAGUUGUUGGAACAUACGGCUAUAUGUCUCCUGAAUAUGCUAUGGACGGAAACUUCUCAGUGAAAUCAGAUGUAUUUAGCUUCGGAGUUCUUGUGCUUGAGAUCAUAAGUGGAAAGAAAAAUAGAGGAUUCUACUACGCAAAUGAUGAUAUGAAUCUUCUAAAAAAUGCAUGGACGCAGUGGAGAGAAGGCACUGCUUUGGAACUUGUUGAUUCGUCAAUUGGGGAAUCAUAUACACCAUCUGAAGUUCUUAGAUGCAUACAUGUUGGACUAUUGUGUGUCCAGGAACGCGCAGAAGAUAGGCCAACAAUGCCUUCAGUGCUCUUGAUGCUUGGCAGUGAAACUGCACUAAUGCCAGAACCUAGAAGCCCCGGGUUUUCCCUUGGGGGAAGGUCAAAGAAUCCUCCUGAAACUGAUUCCUCUUCAAGUAAGCAAGAUGAAACAUGGAGUGUGAACCAAGUCACUGUCACAUUGCUAGAUGCUAGGUAGUACAAGAAUCAUGACAUCAUCCAACAUAUUUGUAUAGUCUCAGAAACAUGAAAAUAAGUUUCUGUAAAUAGAGUUUAUAAACAGUUGCAAAGAAUUGAGCCAGCAGGUUCAUAAUCGAAUUGAAUUCGAUUAUAUAUAGAGUUUAAUUUUGACACGGUUAACAUUCAUCGAAUCUUAUCUUGAUACCUUAAUGAAAUUUUCAAGUUAACAAGUGUUGAA